AUGUCUACUAUAGUCUUACCUUCCGCUAACGGUCAAUCCACCGGGGCCACUGGCAAGUUCUCCGAACCAGUCCGUCGUCCUGUGGAACCAGUCGGUCGCUACUUCUUGGCCCACGCCGCCAGAUCUAUCAGAGGCCACACCUGGUCUGAAUAUGAACAAUUGGAAGCCGCUAAGAACGCCAAACUUGUAGAUGAAUCAGAAGAUAAUGGCUUGGACCUCGAUGACGAACAACCAGAAGAUUUGUUGACCCAUGACCCAAGAGAAUGGAAAACCGCCGACUUGUACGCCACUUUGGGUUUGUCCAAGUACCGUCACAAGGCCACCACCGAAGACAUCAGAGUUGCUUACAGAGACGCCGUGUUGAAGCAUCAUCCAGAUAAGAAGGCCGAAAAGGGAGGAAUCGACCAAGACGGGUUCUUCAAGAUUGUCCAAAAGGCCUACGAGACUUUGAUGGACCCAAUCCAAAGAAGAAGAUUCGACUCUGUCGACAAAAACGCCGAUGUCGAGCCACCAGUCAUCAAGUCCGAAUACGAUUUCUUCGAAGCCUGGGGACCAGUGUUCGCCUCGGAAUCAAGAUUCUCCAAGAAACAACCAGUUCCUCAAUUGGGUGACAAGGAAACCGCCAAGGCCGAUGUCGAAGCAUUCUACAACUUCUGGUAUAAAUUCGACUCGUGGAGAACCUUUGAAUUCUUGGACGAAGAAGCCCCAGAUGAUUCAUCCAACAGAGACCACAAGCGUUACAUUGAAAGAAAGAACAAGGCUGCCAGAGACAAGAAGAAGACCGACGACAACAAGAGAUUGCUCAAAUUGGUCGACAGAGCCAUUGGUGAAGAUCCAAGAAUCAAGAUGUUCAAGCAAUUGGAAAAAGAAGCCAAGGCUAAGAGAAAGUGGGAUAGAGAAGCUGAUUCCAGAAAAGCCGCCGAAGAAGCUAAGGCCAAGGCUGAAGCUGAAGCCAAGGCUAAAGCCGAAGCUGAAGCCAAAGCUAAAGCUGAUAAGGAUGGUAAGAAGAAGUCCAAGGAAGCUGCUAAGAACGCUAAGAAGAAGAACAAGAGAGCCAUCAGAGGUUCUGCUAAGGACGCCGGGUACUUUGGUGACGAAGGUAAAGCUGCAGCAAUUGACGCAGAAAUUGACUUGUUAUUGGGCAGUUUCGAUGAUGUUACUUUGGCUGAUGUUGCCGGUGCCAUCACUAGUGAUGCUAAGGCAGCUUUGACUAAAGCUGCUCAAGAAUUGAUUUCUGCUGGUAAGCUCCCAGCCGCUUCCAUCAAGUAUUUUGUUUAA